UGACGUUGAUUUAUUGCCUUUGUCCGGAAGCCCAAGGAAACGUGACAAGAUUUUUUUCGAAAAGAAGUGACGCUGUUGAGUUACUCGGCAAGUUCUUCGGCCUUGGUGCUCAUUUUAGGCCUUCAGCGUUUGCGAUGUCAAUUGGUGUUGUGUUUCUCGUCCCCUCGCAGCAUGUGAUAGCAAACAUCGAUGUGGUCGUCUUGUUUUAUCCAGAGCAUACUUGCAUAGUUUAUCUGUUAUCUAAAUACUCUGGGUUCUCUCACCUCUCGAUUUCGAUUAACAAUUCAUAGUUUGUGCUCGCGGAACAUAUGACGUUUGAUGGGGCCUUUGGCCCUUGCGUUCUGUGCAGGUAUGCCGAGGAACUCGCCGUUUACAUGUGAGCUGCGGCUGGCUGGUGGGACCGGCGCCGUGUGACCGGCCGCGGCGGGGGCGGGGGCGGGGGCGGCGGUCGCCCCGGGCGGGAGAGGAGCCGCCGCCGAGAGUCGGGCUCCGCCGGAGCCGGCCGGGGCAUUGACGCGCCGCCAUCGGAGCCGACAACAUGCACCGGACCAUCCGUAGUCUCAGCGUACUGGUGGCGGCCGCCGUGCUGCUGGCGGGGCCGACCUCCUCCGAGCGGGACGCGGUCGGGAAGCGGGUGUUCACCAGCCACCCGUCGGCGCCCAGUCAGCUCUACAUCAACGAGGCGGUGGGCGACACGCGCGUGGUCACCCUGCCCGGCAAGAACAAACUGUACGAGCUGCUGCUGUACCCCACCAAACUGACGCGGAAGCCGCUGAAGGCGGUGGUGAUGCUCAGCGGGGACAUUGCCGGCACCCUGUACCUGACGCAGCAGAAGCCGCCGCUGGGACCGGUCGACAUCGAUGGAUUCGUACAAGACUCGGAGACUAGUCUGCGCGUGGUGUUUGGCCAGUACGGAGAUCUCGGAGCCGGCUGCAGUCUACAGAACCUGAACCAGUUCAACCCUUACGGCAAGAGCCACGGCAGGCACGGCGACCCGUCGCGCUCGCUCGGAGACCUCGGCUACACGGCGGUGGCGUCCAACCAUUUCCGUCUGCUAGACUCUGCUGUCUCGCUGACGGGCACGCGCAGUGUGCUCGGCCGGCUGGUGCUGGUGCAGGACCGGCAGAGCGGCCGCACCGGCUGCGGCGUGGUCGGCUACGCGUCGGGCGGCGUCUGAGGGCCGCGUGGGACCGCACGGGGCCGCACGGAGGCUCGGUGGGUUGUGUCAGAGUGUGUCUGAGGGCAUUAUCAUCCCCGGUUGGCCACGGUGUGAGGCACGUCGGACGAUGUGUGACUGACGGUACGAAGUACGAACAUAUCGUAGGUGCGCAGAACAGAACUGACUGAUGAGCGAGGACGUCUCAGAAACUCCGAGAGCAUGUCUGUUCACAGAGCCCUUGUCGGAGCGCUGCUUAACCCUUGACCGCUCAUAACCCUUGAUGAGCGCUGACACAGUGCUAGACCAGAAUAAUACGGGUGGACCAUUGCAAUCUUAUCCGGUAAAACUACCGUUUAUGUGUCCACUGAGUUUUCACUUCAUGUAAUUUGCGGUUUUGUAGCGAGGCUAGGAUGAACAAUAUGCAAUAUGCACCCUGAUCAGCACUCCUGACGACGGCCAUCUUUGAAACAGUCUGCUUUCUGGAGUGAACUGGGUGUGCCACUGGAGCAAUACCGCAUAACGUGAGAUGCUGUACAAGUGUACAGUCGAGGAUUUGAGUCAUGGUGAACCAAGCAGGCACGCAACAGCCGCGCACUGCGCGUGUCCUUUCGGGGAACAUCGAUCAUGCUCAAGAUGUGAAUGCAAUCACGGUCUGUAACGAAUGCCAUAGCUUCGCAUCAAGCCAUGAUAGGUGUUCGCUUGAGGCAGGUCUCAUUAUUAUAAACCGUGUCAUGAAGCGAGGCCAGAAUAUAUAGGUCUAAUAGUCGCAUAAAUGACUGUAAGUCUGAUGACUCCUAGAAAGUGAUUACUAAUAACUGCACUGAAGUGCACUGAGUGAUUGAAGUGAUUACUAAUAAACGUCAUCUAUACUUCAUACACUCAUACAGUAAGGUGUAAAUACAUGUGUACUUUGAAAGCGAUGGUGCAUCUUCAAUCAUUUUGAAUGUUUUUUAUUCUGUACUAAAGCCGUUGCACGAAGAAACUGGUGAAAAGGAUUACCAUAUUCAGGCAUCAACGGUCUAAAAGACUAGACAAAACGCGCAAAAAUAGAGUUCACGAUGUAUUGAUACGAACACGAGAAUUCUUCAACCAAUACUUGACAUUCGCUAACAACACUCACAAUAGUUAGCUCUGUAAAGUUAUACUGAAAUAUGAAAUAUGUGCAUAUUCUAAAUGAAAAUAAAUAGUAUGGUAUAGUGCUUUGAUAUUUUAACACCGUUACUCCAUGCAAUAAAUAAGACAUAUGACCACGGACAAGAAUUUUCAACAAUAGUCGCAGAGCUAUAUUGAAAUCAGCUCCAAUAUCACAAGCGCAUGGAGAACAGUCGCAGGUUGGUGCGUUCUUUGGACGGCUGUAUAUAUAGCCCAUGGCGAGUACCAGAAAUGAGACCAGUGAAUAACACUGGACGAAAACAGACUCCACCCACCAUCGGCCACUACGGCAAUGGCAAUAACACACGAGUCAGACACACGAAAACAUGCACAUCUCUUCACAUCCGGGAAACCAGGGCUGGGCCAGGGCAGGAGCCUCUCUCAAUGUCGCGCCAUUUUCCUCUUAAACAAGACAGGGAAAUUUAGCAAGCAACACAACGCCCAAAAUACCAUUCGAUUUCCCUUCAUCAUACAACCUACAACAAGCGAUUUAUUAGACUAUCAUAGUCUGCAAUAUACUAUUACGAACUCAAGCUAAACAAGUCGAGCAAAUACAUCCUCUCAUCCUCGAGAACCAAUCGCGAGUAAAUUAUGGCCGCACCACCCGACCCGUCGUUCUCAAAAGGUGUUUGUUCCUCCAAGUGUCCCAGCCGUGCUCCCAGUGAGAUCAGGUGCGACUAGGUGUGUUACAGGGGUGCCUGAGUUUCUCCGGGCCGUGAGAUCGAGAGUGACUAGCAGCGUGCAAUCGUGUAGCAGGGGUAUCACAGCGUGGGACGGACUCUAUCACGGUAUCACGUGCAGUGUCACCAGGGGGGGGGGGGGGAGGUACUCUGCUACGGUGCGUGCCAGGGGAACCAAAGAGGCUCUUGGAAUGAGCAGGCGGGUGCCCAGAACGAUAGUGAAGCGCCAGGAAGUGCAGAGAAAGGUAAAAACAGCAGCACCGGCCAGGGAUCAAUUCAGCUGCUCCGUAUAGCUGCGGAUCGACUUGGCAGGCAAAGCUCAAUACCAGGCGCCGGCUAACUGACACUAACAGCUGGUACCAUCGCUACCUUCGAUGGUUCCUUCCAUUCUAAUCAGUUUCAUGGAAUAACACUCCCGAACUAUCAAGAGCGAAGGACAUACAUAGGCGUACCGUACACCAGUCAGCUAUUCAAGGCACUGAAGCAGCUACUUGCUCACCACCAUCACAUUACCAGCAGGCGAGGUGCGCUUAAUGGAGCCAGAAAAGACUGUGAUGCAGCGAAAAUUUAACUCAGAAUAUAGGCGGCAACGAGCUUUACCUGAUCAUUCCAUAGUCUUUUAUCCAGGGAUAUUCGUAUUGUCA